UACAUCUGCCGUGCAUUGCACACGGAGCUUAUGGUUAUCGUAAAAUUUAGUUGUUGAGGCAAAGAAUCCAGCAAAGCGGUAUUAUAUUGAUAUUCCUGAGCGAACCCCAAUUACCAAUAUAUAAAACAAUGGAGGAAGGCAAAGAAGAGCAUCAAUUUGUUGUAGACGACGUGAGCAAAAUCAUCAAAGAAGCAAUCGAAACUACAAUCGGAGGGAAUGCAUAUCAACAUGAUAAAGUUAAUAACUGGACUGGAUCGGUUGUUGAGAACUGCCUCAGCGUGUUGACGAAGUUACAAAAGCCUUACAAGUACAUAGUGACCUGUAUGAUAAUGCAGAAAAACGGAGCCGGUCUACAUACGGCGAGUUCGUGCUAUUGGAACAAUGAAACAGACGGAUCCUGCACUGUGCGCUGGGAAAACAAAACCAUGUACUGCAUCGUGUCGGUGUUUGGAUUAUCAAUUUAAUUUUUUGUACUCUUUAUGAUGAAAGGGCAACACCCUUUUGUUAUUUAUCAAGUGAAGGAAAUAUAAUUGUAACAAAAAUGUAAUUCACUUUAAAGGUCGAUGGUUUUUCAAGGCCAUCAUGGUUGAAUACGGCAUCAUCUAAUCUAGAUGAUUCAUUUUAACUAAUAAUUGAAUUGAAUUAUUAAUUUUGUUUCUUUCCUAAAAGAUUUUUUGUUCUUGUGGCACAUUUGUUCAUUAAGGAAAAUAUAUUAAAAUCAAAGGAA